AUGGGCUCCAAAAAGAUGACAUCUUCUUCUGGGGGCUCGGGUGACUCUCCAUUGUCCGCGAGUGAUUUCCGGGCUUAUAAUCGCAUGGCGGAGCAUAUGGAAGGAUUUCAUAGCCAUUUCCGUUUGACAUGGAACCAGCUUUGGGAGGCAUGUGAAAGCUCUGGAAAACGGGCGCUCUCAGCCCGCCAGAUGAUUACGAUGGGCCUUCAGUUCUGCUCGCAAUUAGAUUUUCAUCACUCUAUCGAGGAGCAACACAUCUUCCCCGUGUUGGCGAAAAAGAUGCCUGAGUUUCGAAAGGAGCUUGAGCUACUGAGUCAGCACAGACAAAUUCAUGCGGGACUUGAAAAACUUGAGAAGUAUCUUGAGAAGUGUCGGUCCGGUGAGGAAGAUAUGCGCCGCGAAGAGGUAAAGCGGUUGAUGGAAGGGUUUGGCAAGGUUCUGUGGACACAUCUAGACCAAGAGGUUGAAUCUCUUGGAGCUGCCAAUAUGCGCAAGUACUGGUCUCUUGCCGAGAUGCGUCAACUUCCUAUGUGA